CGCUGAUUUUCCAAAUUAGGCCUUCAAUUUUACAACAGUUCUCCAAACACCCCUCUUUUGAUCUGCAUUAUUCUCUCCAAACCCCAUCUAUUCAUCUAAAUCAAUUCUUCUGAUAAUCAGCUCCAAUUCAAGUAGCGACAUUCAUAGAGAACACGCUUGUGAAGGCAGGGCCGGAUUGUCUGACCUUAUAAAUUUUAGAUGAACUCGCGGGGGAGGUAUCCGCCGGGGAUCUGGAACGGCCGCGGCGGAGGCGGAGCUGGAGGUUUUGGGACAGUAAACGCUAACCCUAAUUUUCAGAAUCGAAACCCCACUUACUAUCAUCAUCAGCAGCAACAACAGCAAUUUCAGCAAAAUUAUGGCCAGAGAAAUUUACAGAAUCAACAACACCACCAUCAUUUCCAGCAGCAGCAGCAGUGGAUGAGACGAAAUCCUGGUGGGACUCCAUCUGAUUCUUCUGUUAAUGAAGUUGAAAAAACUGUCCAGCCCGUUACUCCUGAUUCUGGCUCUCAGGAUUGGAAGGCUCGAUUGAAGUUACCACCACCUGACACUCGAUAUAAAACAGAGGAUGUUACUGCAACUAAAGGGAAUGAGUUUGAGGAUUACUUCUUGAAACGUGAAUUGCUUAUGGGAAUAUAUGAGAAGGGCUUUGAAAGACCUUCUCCCAUCCAGGAAGAAAGUAUUCCUAUUGCUCUUACUGGAAGUGACAUUCUUGCUAGAGCCAAAAAUGGAACUGGAAAAACUGCCGCAUUUUGUAUCCCUGCAUUAGAGAAAAUUGAUACGGAUUACAAUGUGAUUCAAGUUGUGAUACUCGUCCCAACCAGAGAAUUAGCUCUUCAGACAUCACAAGUUUGUAAGGAACUAGGGAAGCACUUGAAAAUACAGGUCAUGGUUUCCACCGGAGGAACCAAUUUAAAGGAUGAUAUUAUGCGGUUGUAUCAACCUGUACAUUUGCUGGUCGGGACUCCUGGGAGAGUACUUGAUCUUACCCAAAAAGGUGUUUGCAUUUUGAAAGAUUGUGCAAUGCUUGUCAUGGAUGAGGCAGAUAAACUCUUAUCCCCAGAGUUUCAACCUUCAUUGGAGCAGCUGAUAGCAUUUCUUCCUGUGAAUCGACAAAUUUUGAUGUUUUCAGCAACAUUUCCGGUGACUGUCAAAGAAUUCAAGGAUAGAUAUCUAAAGAAACCCUAUGUCGUUAAUCUCAUGGAUGAGCUAACUCUCAAAGGUAUUACUCAAUAUUAUGCUUUUGUAGAAGAAAGACAAAAGGUUCACUGCCUCAAUACUCUUUUUUCCAAGCUGCAAAUCAACCAAUCAAUUAUCUUUUGCAACUCUGUUAACCGAGUUGAGUUACUAGCCAAAAAAAUUACAGAGCUGGGCUACUCUUGCUUCUAUAUUCAUGCUAAGAUGCUCCAAGAUCAUAGGAACAGAGUAUUUCAUGACUUCCGUAAUGGUGCUUGCAGGAAUCUUGUAUGCACUGAUUUGUUUACCCGGGGAAUAGACAUUCAAGCUGUCAAUGUUGUCAUAAAUUUUGAUUUUCCAAAAACUUCAGAAACAUAUCUGCACAGGGUGGGGCGUUCUGGAAGAUUUGGACAUCUUGGGUUGGCCGUGAAUUUGAUCACCUAUGAAGAUCGUUUCAACCUGUAUAGGAUUGAGCAAGAGCUUGGAACUGAGAUAAAACAAAUUCCACCUCUCAUAGACCAAGCAAUUUACUGCCGAUGACAUGCAAAGAAACCUGAAUAUGGUGAGUGAGAGAAAAGAUUAAAGCAAUUAUUGCAGUGAUUAGAUACGAUAUGGAAGAAAGGGAAUGCUCAGGCUCAGCUUGGGCUCCAUUUUGCUUGUUCUGUAUAAUUGUUGUUGGACAAGUUUAAUUGCCCCAUAAGAGUUUGUGCUGUUUAGGCAGUAACCAUGCUUGGAAUUCUUUUCAAGGUGAGUUCGUACAAUUUAGAAUUUUGACUCCCCAAGUGAUGGUAAAAAGUGGCUAGCUACCCCUUGUUUCCGGGCAGAAUUUGAAGUCUUGCCUGGAUCUUGAUAUUAUUAAAUCAGACUCCCCAACUGGUUGGUUGGUGCUGUAAUUUUUAACUCAGAGCACAACUUAUACAGCAAGAUGGGAUCUCUCCUUUUUUUCGUUU